CUCGGCCGAUCACCUUUCUCGCACUUUCUCUCCCGAUUUUCUCUCCUUUCAAAAUCACUCCGCUUCUUCCCCUCUCAAUCCCUCCGAUCGCCGGAGAUUGCUUCCUCCUCUCUACCGAUCUCUCCUCCCUCCGCCUCUCACUUGUUCCAACUGGUACGUAUCGCCGAUCACUUCACUUACUACUCGUGUUUUUCCUUUUCCCCUCUACAUGUAAAAAAGGCUCUCAGGCGUAUACGUUCCUUCAAUAUAAUCUUCCCUUUUCAUAGAUCACGUCACCGGCACGAUACCGAACGAUUUUUCCUGUUCUUUUUGUAUUGGCAUUCCUGAUUGAGCUUUUUCACCAUUGAUUUCGCGGCGUUGUUUCGAUUUUCUCUUUCAAUUGGUGGAGCUGAGCAAGAACGAGGGUCAAGAUGCCGUGAGAUUUUGUCUCGUUGGUUGAAUCCGGGAGGGGGUGAAAUCUCGAACUAAUUGAAUUAGGUCGGUUGAAAUUCUGCAGGGUGCGGAAGGUGUUUUGGUUGGCGACGGGAAUGGUCAAUGGGGGAAGUGGGAAAUUCGAAACUGUAUAUGUUGUAGGUGGUAUCUAGCGAAUGAAUAUACCAAUUAUCUGACCCAACCUUUCGAAACUUUGGCAUUGGCUUGUUAUUUUGCUUGUUAAUAACGAAAAUGUGGAGUGGAGGCAAUUCAGAGUCAAAGCCACAUUGCUUCAACUGACAUUGCUGUUCUUUGUGCAGUGGCGUUUCAGCGAGGUAGUCGUAUCCUGUACUUAUCCUGUGUGCAUAAAUGCCAGUUGCGAAACUCAAAGGGGCCAACGCUACAGAUGUGAUGAAAUCAGAAGAGGGGAAUGAUUCCCUCGACACGUUUAUCAGGCAAGCAAUGGGGAAGGAGCCUCUACUUUCCUUCCCAAGGACUAACGACAGCCCCGUACAGUGGAUCCAACUGCUUCAAGCUCUAGACCAGCAAGAUGGACCAGGGUGGCCUUUACUGACUCCUUUGAAGGUUCAGAUGCAAAAAUGUGACAAGUGUUCACGGGAGUUUUGUUCCUCCAUAAACUAUAGGAGGCACAUACGUGUUCACCAUCGACUGAAAAAGCUUGACAAGGAUACCACAAAAAACAGGAAUCUGUUAGGAGCCUUUUGGGAAAAGCUCUCUGAAGAUGAAGCAAAGGAGAUUUUGUCAUUCAAGGAUGUGGCGCUGGAGGAAGUGUCGGGAUCUUCAAUUAUAAAGUCAUUGAUGGCUCUUAACCGGAAACAGGGGUUUUCUCCCCUUCCACAGUACUGUUUGAGGGCUGGUACUGCUCUUCUGGAUAUUAUCCAAGGGAGAUUUAGGUAUCCUUUAUCUUCAGAGGAACUGUUUAGUAUUCUCGAUGAUGCCAGUGAAAAGACAUUUCUGUGUGGAGCAGCAAUCCCAAUGCAGAAGUAUAUUUUUGAUGGGGAAGCCGCUAAAACUGGUCUCGAGACAAAGAACAUAGUUGCAUGCACCAGCUUCUUGGUGGAACAGAAACUGAUUAAGGCAUGGGUUGCAGACAAGGAUGCGGAAGCUCUGAGGUGCCAGAAAUUGCUUGUGGAGGAGGAAGAAGCUGCCCAGAGAAGGCAAGCUGAACUUGUGGAACGGAAAAGGCAGAAGAAGCUCAGACAGAAAGAACAGAGAGCUAAGGAGCAGAGACUGGAGGAGAAACCUGACAUCGAGGAGCACAGUGAUGAGACCAUGGAGGAGCUCCCAGCUGAACUACCCUGUUCAACUGCAUGUAGUUCUAAUUCACACGACGUCGAAAUUCAGCCAGAUCCCUUUUCAUCAUCUUCUGAACCUGUCCAACUCACAUUUCAAGAUGAAGAGUUGUUGGAUUUGGAGAAUCAGAUUCUAUAUGAUACUGGAGCUGCUGGUGAUCCAUGCAGAGAUUAUUUUGUCGAACGGCACACGACAGUACCGGGAAGCAACCGUAGUAGGCACAUAGGUCGGUGGCACGUGCCUCCAAAAUCCCAGUGGAAUCAUAUUCCUAAUGGUUAUCACGGAACUUACAGGGAACCGAAACAAGCGGCAAUGGUUAACGGAAACAGAAAGUGGAGCAGGAAAGCUAGAGUAGAAUAUGCCUCCGGGGAGACCUUGAAACUCAGAGUUGAAAGGGGAGCAGCAAUGACAAGCCAGCAGCCAGAUCAUCAUGCCAAGAAACGCGAAGUUCUGAUUGGCUCUAUCUCUGUUGCACUUGGGAAUUCUAGCCAACAGGAUGGUCAAGCAGACCAGCAGCAGCAAGUUCCGAGGAAGAGCAAUAAUAAUGUUCAGGACAAACACUCGAAUCGUUCAACAGUGAAGCAGCAGUGGAGGCCUGUUAGCCGAAAUGGUACCAAAGGCCAACCACAAGAUGAAAGUGGCUCUAGAGAAUCCCCAGAUGGAAGUCUACAUCCUGGGAGGUCUCAAUUCUCAUGCCAGGCGGCUAAAGCUUUUCUUGCAGAGAGGUGGAAGGAGGCAAUGGCAGCGGAGCAUGUGAAAUUGGUUCUCGCACCUGAACCAUUCAAAGCCGGUAAGGGUUUUCAACAAAAUGGCUGUGCUGUUAAAGCUGAGUCGUCAGAUGUUCGUAGAGGUAUAGAGCUUGGUACCAGAGGAUCGGAGGAGGAUAUGAUGGUCGAUGGAGGUGCUGGUUUGAAGGGCAAGUUCAGAGCAAAACCUGAGAAAGGGGUGAAGCUAAAGUACAUACCGAAACAAAGAACGUUGAGCUAAUAAACCAAAGAAGAGGGAAGGAAGGAGGAGCAAAAUUCAUUUCUCUUUUCAUCUUUUAGGGGGGUUUUCUCAUACAAACGUGCACAGAUUUUGAUUUUGUCAUUUUACUACAUUCUUAGCAUAGGGUUCCAGUUUUACAGCCUUGGUCUUCUGUCAGGACAAAAAAAUUGAUAGACAAGAACGAGAAAAAGAGAGUGAUCUGGAAAAAAAGGGUUUUAUGCAGGAGUCAUUUUUGAGUUUCGUCCUUUUUUUAACAGUGGCUUUAGCAACAGCAGGAGGUUUUGGUUGGUAUAAUUUACUUAGCAGAGGCAGAGCAGUUUAUAGGGUUAUUUUCCCUUUUGUUUUUGUUGUUGUUUUUUUUUUUUUUUUUUUAUGGUACGGUAUUCUCCAUUUUUGGUUAAAUUUUUUGGGGUUGGGGUCUCUCAUUGAUUCAGUCUCGAUUGUUUUACCUGUACUAAUAAGUUUUAGUCUCUUACUUGUAGGUCUUGUUGACAUACACGAUACAUAUAUUCUGGCAGAGUUCUUCCUUUCCUGCCUUUCCAUUCUCCUACCUGUCACAGACUCACAGUGUUGAUAUUAUGCGUUAUUUGGAUGAGAUUUUUGAAUGAGAUAAAGUAGUUAUUGACGA